AUGACUUUUUCUGUUUCUCCCCUAGAAGGCACAGAGGAGUUCAGAUCAUUGAACUCCCUCGUAAACCAGUCUGAUGUAUCAGUCCCAGAUACGAUACAGUCAAUUAUUAACCUAAGCUUAUCGACCACAUCUAGCACAGCAGGUCAUUCGGAUGCUCUGGAGUUACACUGCGAACGACUUUUUGAAUCCGUAAUCGACGUAGCUUCACGCACGCCCAUACCUCAACAGGUGAAGCUAGUUGAUUUCCUUAUCCAGCUACAGAAGCUGAAUGUGAUCGAUCCCGUCACGGGAAAGCCUCUUGAAUGUGACGGCCGGAAAAUCUGGGCCGAUCUUCCACGCAUCGGCAUGAGCUUUCGUGAGGCGUGGAACUUUGAUCCACAAGACACAAACGCAACUCCAGAGGACAAGGCUGGUUGGGAGAACAAGACCGCCUUUUUAGCGCAGGUUACCGCGCUCUCUCCUAUCGGUAAUCCGUCUGAGAUUACUACUUCACUUAAUUGCUCUCUCUAUGCUCUCUGGGCCAUGCGAUCCGCGUUCGAAGGUACCACGCCGGCUGACACGACAUUACGAGCAGCAUGCUUGUGGAUUAUUUACGCUGGGGAUAGAUUGUUGAUGAACGUGGAGAAUGAACUCACUUUCGAGGCUAAUCUCGGGAUUCCCGGCGGUAGUUAUAAAAAGAAGGAGUGGAGGGGGUUUAAUAAGGAGAGAAUGGAGGUCUGGAAGAAUGGUUUCAAGGCUGCUCAGACUAGACACGAAGGUGAAACUAGAAGCAUGAUUGAUAGAGCGCUGGCGAAAAUUGACGGAUAA